AUGAUACUCAUAGUUGCAACGUCUACUUCAGGCUUGUGCGGAUUGAGGAAUCUUGAAGAGCUGAAUAUUGAUGGAAAUGGAUUAUGGGGUCCUCUUCCGUCAUGCUUUUGCAAUAUGACCUCACUCCGUGUGCUUAUUGUCGGAAAUAACAAUUUUAGCGGGGACAUUCCUUCAUGUUUGCUCUCUAAUCUCAAGUCACUUGAAUCUAUUGACUUCUCUUGGAAUGCUUUUGAAGGCUCACUUUCGCUUGCUUCCCUAGCCAAUAAUUCAAACCUUGAGGAAUUGUACCUACACGACAACCGGCAUCGUCUGGAAGUCAAUACAGAAGAACCCACUUGGUUUCCUUCAUUUCAACUAAAGGAGUUUAUAUUAUCAAACUGUGUGCUCAACAAAGACGCAAAUGGCAUAAUUCCCAGCUUUUUGAAAGAGCAGUAUGCCUUGAGAACGCUUGAACUCAACGACAAUGGAAUGAUAGGAAAUUUCCCAAUUUGGCUAUUGGACAACAAUGUUAACCUAAGAUCGUUGGAACUCAAUGGCAACCAUUUGUCAGGUGCUUUUUAUUUGCCUUCCAAUUUGAAUCUUGUUAGCAUGUGGUGCUUAGAUGUGUCUGCUAAUAUUAUUGAUGGAGAGCUUCCCUCUUGGAUUGGUACUAUCCUCCCAAAAUUGAACAUUUUCAACAUGUCGAACAACUUACUGAAAGGUAGAAUACCUCCCUCAAUGGGCAAUAUGAGCCAAUUGCUUGCAUUGGACUUGUCGAAUAAUGGAUUCACGGGAGAGAUACCGGAGACACUAGCUAAAAAUUGUACGGGCCUUCGUACGUUGAAAUUGUCAGGCAACAAUUUGCAAGGCCAAAUGCUACCGAGGAAUUUUAAUUUGAUGAAUUUGAGAAUUUUGGAUCUAGCUAGCAAUAAUUUCACAGGGGACAUAUCACCCGGAAUAUUGAAUAGCUCCUUAUUGGAAGCUUUGGAUGUAAGUAAUAAUUUUCUAUCUGGAACGCUUCCCAAUUCGAUUGCAGUUUUUGAAAACUUGCUAGUGCUCAUGCUGUCGAGUAAUUUAUUGGAAGGUCCUGUACCAUUGAGUUUCUGCAACAUAAAGUUUCUCUAUGUUUUAGACCUUUCAAGUAAUAAGCUUGGGCCGAGUAUACCCCCUUGUGCCAAUGUUACAUAUAUGAGGUUCUUGCAUUUAGCAAAUGACAUGCUUGUUGGGCAUUUUCCUGAGUUUCUUCUUGGAGGUUCAUCGAUUGUCACAUUGGAUUUAAGACACAAUGCAUUGUCAGGUGAGGUCCCCAACUGGAUCGGUUCACUUCGGAACCUAAAGUUUCUUUUGCUACAAGGAAAUAAUUUUGAAGGUUUAAUCCCUCGGGAUCUAUGUCUGUUGAAAAAUAUGAGCAUAUUGGAUCUCUCCAAUAAUAAUCUUUCUGGACAAAUCCCUUCUUGUUUGAAAGAUGUGAGAUUUGGAAACGAUGAGCCAACUAUAGACUUAUGUGGUGUCUUCAGCGUGAACCCUAUAAUAGGGAAUGUUUUCAUGAUAUUAGAAAAAGUAGAGUUCAUGACAAAGAGGAGGUUGGAAUCGUAUAAAGGUAACAUUCUAGAACUCAUGUCGGGAAUGGAUCUCUCGCGGAACAAUUUGAGAGGCUUUAUUCCUCCAGUGGUCGGCUACUUGAGUGAACUUCGAGCAUUGAACUUGUCACACAAUCAUUUGACGGGAUCAAUCCCAAAAACGUUUUCCAAUUUAAAUAACAUAGAGAGCUUGGACCUGUCCUACAACAACUUAAGUGGUCCCAUCCCUCCACAACUAAUAGAGAUCUACACCUUGUCAAAUUUUAGAGUGGCUUACAACAACUUGUCUGGAAAGACACCAGACCAAAAAAAUCAAUUUGGAACUUUUGGUGAAGAAUGUUAUGAAGGUAACCCUCUUCUUUGUGGACUACCAUUAACAAGAUGUGAUGGACCAAAUACACUGCCAUUUGUUAAUCAUACUAGGGAGGAUGACUCUUGGAGAGAAGCCUUCUUGUGGAGCUUUGCAGGAUCAUAUGUGGUAGCGUUCUUUGGGGUGGUUCUUUUUCUCUAUGUAAACUCGCAUUACCAGUUUGUUCUAGUCAAGCUUGUUCGUAAACUUAUACCGUCGUUUCCCUAA